UCUUCCUCUCUUCCGGUUGUCAGUGUUGACCUCUCAAGAUGGCGGCGUUACGAGCUCUAGGUGUCCUGUCCAAACUUACAGCAAGGGGACGAUAUGCACUGCUUUCAGACGCUUCUGGAAGAAGCUUCAGUGUUGCAUCUUUCUUAAUGGCUCGUACAUAUGUCAACUAUGAGGUCAAGGGAGAUGUGGCUGUUAUUCGCAUCAGUGACCCAAAUUCUAAGGUGAACACUCUGUCAGUUACCAUGCAAAAGGAGAUGAUAGAAGUUAUUGAUGAGGUUUGGGCAAAUGAUGCAGUUAGAAGUGCUGUCCUGAUCUCCUCUAAGCCUGGCUGCUUCAUUGCAGGAGCAGAUAUCAACAUGAUACAGGCCUGUAAGAGUGCAGAGGAAGUAAGCAAACUCUCUCAGGAGGGGCAGAAGAUGUUUGAGAAAAUUGAGAAUUCUCCAAAACCAAUUGUUGCUGCCAUCAAUGGAUCAUGUCUUGGUGGGGGACUAGAGUUUGCCAUCGCUUGCCAGUACAGAGUGGCCACAAAGAGUAAAAAGACAGUUCUGGGCACUCCUGAGGUCAUGCUGGGUCUUCUUCCUGGUGCUGGAGGAACACAGAGGCUUCCCAAGAUGGUUGGUCUACCCAGUGCCUUUGACAUGAUGCUAACAGGAAGGAAUAUUCGUGCAGAUAAGGCCAAGAAAAUGGGGCUGGUUCACCAACUGGUUGACCCACUAGGCCCUGGAUUGAAGAACCCAGAGGACAGAACCAUUGAAUAUUUGGAAGAAGUAGCGGUAGACUGUGCCCGUGGAAUUGCUGACAAGAGAAUCCCUCUCACUAAAGAAAAGGGUGUGAUGCAAAAAAUACAAGACUAUGUUAUGAGCAUUGGGUUUGUGCGUAAUCAAAUCUACAACACUGUGCAGAAUAAAGUCAUGAAACAGACAAAAGGGCUGUAUCCUGCUCCUGUGAAAAUAAUUGAGUGUGUGAAGACUGGUGUGGAGCAGGGCUUGGAUGCAGGAUACCUGGCAGAGUCUCAGAACUUUGGCAAAUUAGCAAUGACCCCAGAAUCCAGUGCACUUAUUGGACUUUAUCAUGGCCAAGUUGCUUGCAAGAAGAACAGAUUUGGAGCUCCUGAAAAGGAAGUUAAGACCCUGGCCAUCUUGGGAGCAGGGCUCAUGGGGGCAGGAAUUGCCCAGGUGUCUGUGGAUAAAGGCAUUAAUACCAUUCUUAAGGACACCACUCUGGAGGGACUUAACCGAGGUCAGCAGCAGGUUUACAAAGGAUUAAAUGACAAGACAAAGAAGAAGAACAUUACCUCAUUUGAAAGAGACAGCAUAUUAUCCAACCUGACAGGACAGCUAAACUACAGUGGCUUCGAAAAGGCUGACAUGGUCAUUGAAGCUGUAUUUGAGGAUAUCGCAAUUAAACACAAAGUCCUAAGCGAAGUCGAAGCUGUCAUUCCUCCCCACUGUAUAUUUGCCACCAACACAUCAGCUCUCCCAAUCAAAGACAUUGCAGCUGGCAGUAAGCGACCAGAGAAGGUAAUUGGAAUGCACUACUUUUCUCCAGUGGACAAGAUGCAACUUCUGGAGAUCAUAACUACUGAUAAAACCUCUAAGGACACCAUUGCCUCUGCUGUAGCAGUUGGCCUGAAGCAAGGCAAAGUCAUUAUUGUAGUUGGGGAUGGACCUGGAUUUUAUACCACUAGGUGCUUAGCUCCCGCAUUAGCCGAAGUAGUUAGAAUAUUGCAGGAAGGUGUGGAUCCCAAGAAGCUAGAUUCUUUGACUACAGGCUUUGGCUUCCCAAUGGGUUUUGCUAGUCUGAUUGAUGUAGUGGGUAUCGAUGUCGCCGCUCAUGUGGCUGAGGACCUUGGCAAAGCUUUCGGCUCAAGAUUUGGUGGAGGAAGUCCUGACGUGCUGAAAAAGAUGGUGGAAAAAGGCUUCAAAGGCCAGAAGUCUGGUAAGGGUUGCUAUGUUUACCAACCUGGACUUAAACGCAAGGAUGUUAACCCAGAACUAGGGGACAUUCUGGAGCAUUACAAGACGACUGCACACCCUUCAGUGUCAUCAGAUUCGGAUAUGCAGUACAGAGUGGCGUCUCGCUUUGUGAACGAGGCAGUGCUGUGCUUACAGGAGGGCAUUCUCGCCAGUCCAGUGGAGGGAGACAUUGGAGCAGUGUUUGGUCUUGGUUUUCCCCCAUGCCUUGGAGGUCCAUUCCGCUUUGUGGACAGCUUUGGUGCAGACAAACUGGUGGAGAAGAUGAGACGGUUCGAGGAGGUUUACGGAAAUCAUUUUACUCCAUGCGCGCUUUUGCUUGAACAUGCCAAGGAUCCAAGCAAAAAAUUUCACAAGUGACCUUGUCAGAAUGUGCCAACGAUGAAUUCUUUGCUGUAAACAGAACUUGCUGCAUUUGGAGCUCAUAUUGUAUUACUUAUGUAAAAGAUUUAUUUGUUAAUAAAGCAUAAAAUGAUGACCAUGA